UUUGGGACAAGCUGGCCGCUUCCGGUUCACAGAGUUGAUCAUCGCAGCUUCCUCCUCUGUGUUGUCGGCCAGCACAUUCAAAGCAGCUCUGAUGCUUCUUCCUCCAGCUCUCUUCCUAUUUCCUCCCACAACUUCAACAUCUUAUUUUCCACACAAGACUCUUAUCGUGUUGUAUUACAUUGCAUCUUAGCCUUCGUAUACACUUUACCAGAUUCAGAGUCGGCACUAUGCGUAUGCUGAAUUGGGCCCUCCCCGUUUGGGGUCUUGCAGCGUGCACGACUGCCCGGAACAUCAUCACUCUGCAGUCGAACCAUCAGGUGUCCCCAAUUAUUCCUCGCCCCCAGGACGAUGUUAGCAUUCAGCCACUUGCAGUGCGUGCACCAGCUGGCAUUCGAUGCGGCUCCGGGGUUGGCAAAUGUCCAGAGAAACUUUGCUGCUCCACUGCCGGCUAUUGUGGAGAUUCCAGGGACCACUGCAGCUCUCCUGACUGCCAAAUCGACUACGGCUAUUGUGACGCGCACAUGACCCCAGGCGGAUCCUCCACCGAAGACAUUCCCCGUCCUCUUGACGGGGCUGCCCUUUACGGACCUAAUAUCAUUCGAUCCUGCACUGUCCCGGGUACUGUCGCUCUAACCUUCGAUGACGGGCCCAAGGAGUUCACAAAGGAUCUACUCGAUCUUCUUGACCGGUACGAAGCGAAGGCGACCUUCUUCAUCACCGGCAACAACAACGCCAAAGGUCAGAUUGACAGCCCUGGAAUGCCAUGGGCAGGCUUGAUUCGACGUAUGCACGAGAGUGGCCAUCAGCUUGCCAGCCACACCUGGUCUCACCAGGAUCUUAGCAAGAUCUCACGGUCCCAGCGUCGCAUUCAGCUGUUGUGGAAUGAGGCCGCUCUGCGGAACAUUCUGGGAUUCUUCCCUACAUACAUGCGCCCUCCUUAUUCUAGCUGCACGGCCGAGUCCGGCUGCCUGGCGGAUAUGGGGGAGCUUGGCUACCAUAUCAUUCUAUAUGAUAUCGACACAGAGGAUUACAAGCACGACAGUCCAACGGAAAUCCAACGCUCCAAGGAUAUCUUCGAUAGUAGUCUGGAUGCUCGGACUGCCUUUGACCGUCCCUGGCUUGUGAUUGCUCAUGAUGUUCAUGAGCAGACCGUCCAUAACCUCACGGAGCACAUGUUGAAAAAGCUCACCGCCGAAGGAUUCCGACCAGUGACGGUGGGUGAGUGUCUUGGAGACCCUCCCAAGUACUGGUACCGUGAAGACAACACUGUCGAUGGCCGCAACUCGAGAAAGGAGGUCUUCCAGGUUCCCUCGAAGAUAGUCUCAUUCGACGGGAUGUGUGGCGGCAAUGUCACAUGCGAUGGGUCCCGCUUUGGGCCUUGCUGCAGUGGAACCGGAUUCUGUGGCAACUUGACCACGUUCUGUGGCGAGGGCUGUCAGAUUGACAACGGAGUUUGUGACAGCAAAAAGGAGGUCGUUGUCGCUGAAGAAGAUCACGCCGACUUCCGACCAUCUAGCAAAGUCAUAUCGAAGGGGAAGCCUGCCAAGUCGGGUGCGAGUCGUAUGCUCCAGCCUUCGAGAUUUCCCAUCGAGCUUGCGGUAUUGCCUUUGCUUGCUGUGCUGAUUGGAUAAGUCAGGGAUCGAGAGCCUAGCAUACUAGACUUGGCAUGGUACGUCAUUGAUAUCCUGGGUGCAGCCUGAUCACUAUGAUUGUGAGUCUGCAUGUUUAAUAGGCUGAGCUUGUGCUUUGUAAGACGUUUGUACACUCCUUUGAGCAUUGAUAAGAAUGUUAUGAAGCUUGAUCAUGAGGGUCACUGGAGAGCAAUGAUGAUCAUUUCUGGUUCAUUGGCAGCUUAUAGAAGCAUCCCGUCGUGGCCUUA